AUGCGUAAGUCUCUCCUUGUCCCUGAGAAAGGCCAAUUCCAGCACAUUCUUCGUGUCCUUAACACGAACGUGGAGGGCAAGACCAAGAUCAUGUUCGCCAUGACCAACAUCAAAGGUGUCGGUCGUCGUUAUGCCAACUUGGUCUGCAAGAAGGCUGAUAUCGACUUGAAGAAGAGGUGCGUUCAAGGAACACAGAACGCAAAAAGACAGAGGAACAGGAGGAGCAACUUUGGUAGUUACCAGCAACCAACAGGAUCUCUUCUGGACUGCAGCCAAGCGCUGAUGUCGCAAGAGUAUUUUAUUCUUCAGUUGGGACAACUCAUUAGCGCUUGA